AUGUACUCACAACAAGCAGCAAUGGCGGCGUCAGCACCACAAAAGCCUGAGACUUUCAUGCUCAGCACCGAGGCUCAGCAAGCCUUACCGCAUGAUGCGCAAGUGGCAUUACAACAAGUUGAUAAUUUAAAAUAUUUCCUUAUUUCGGCCCCUGUUGACUGGCAACCUGAUCAAUACAUCCGACGAUUCCUACUACCGACAGGCGAAUACGUCUCUUGUGUAUUAUGGAACAAUCUAUUUCACAUUUCGGGUACCGACAUUGUGCGAUGCCUUUCUUUUCGAUUCCAAGCUUUCGGUCGUCCCGUGAAGAACUCGAAGAAGUUUGAAGAAGGUAUCUUCUCGGACCUUCGAAAUUUGAAAUCCGGCACGGAUGCUUCUUUGGAGGAACCCAAGAGCCCCUUUUUGGAUUUCCUGUACAAGAACAAUUGCAUUCGAACACAAAAGAAGCAAAAGGUCUUUUAUUGGUAUAGCGUACCGCAUGACCGUCUUUUCCUCGAUGCCCUCGAAAGAGAUUUGAAGAGAGAAAAGAUGGGCCAGGAGGCUACUACUAUGGCCGUCAGUGAGCCUGCUCUAUCGUUCCAAUACGAUUCAUCUCAAUCGCUCUACGAGCAAUUAACAAAAGCCCAACAAGCGAAUUCUUCGUCUUUCAGUGCCCAACAAGUGGCUUUUUCUCAGUCCCAAGCCCCAUCCCCGGUGAUGAGGGCAAUGGAUCCCAUGCCUCCCCCGCAAAUGAUGCCUCAGUCGAUGGCCCCUUUAGCGGAUGGGAUGGACGCCAUGGUUUCAUACAACACGAUGACAAUGGCACCGGCUAUGCCCCAACAGGUCCCCCAAGUGGUAAAGAGGGAGCCUGAUUUCAGCCGCGUUCAAUACAACCAGAACGGUGUUCCUAUGGCUCAUAGCCACCAACGUCAUGCUUCAAUGCCUGCGUAUGGUCUUGAAUACUCGCCUGCCCCUUCGUUCGUGUCUUCUCACUACGAGGAUUACAGCAACCGAGGUAUUUCUUUCGAGCCGAUCACCCCUCCUCAACAAGCUUUAGGAAUUGGUGCCGAACCCGCCUACAUUGCUAACGAGGAGACUGGUUUGUACACGGCAAUUCCCGACCACCUCAGUGGUGUCAGCGGUUUGAACGGUAUGAUGCAGCUACCACCCUCUAAUCUAGCCGGGCCUCAGUUUUCGCGUCCUUAUGGCUCUAACAACGUCUACUCUGUAAUCGAAGGAUCGCCGACAUACAAACAGAGAAGACGGCGUUCAUCCAUCCCUCCUUCCAUAUCGGCGAUCGCAGCAGCCACUGCUCAAGCUCAAGUAGCUGCUCACCGACCUUCAGACUUGAGGAGAUCGGUUUCCGCAUCAGUUGGUCCUGUUGCUGAAGGCGAUGAGUCCCAGGGCAAUUCGCCUCCUGGCCUCUCUUACAGCAACUCAACAAUUUCUCUUACCAACCAGCAACAUAUGGAGAUGUCGCGACACGGCACUCCAUUGUCAACGGUAGAAGGCAGCCCUGCUCUUAACCCCAUGUCUCUUCAGCGACAAGAGUUCCCUCAGUUUACCAACGAGGACCUAAACGGUGACGGCUCAAUGAGCGAACAGCGAGUGAUGCAACCUGGACCUAAUGUAGUGCGCCGAGCGCGCUCCGCCACUGUUAUGGAACUGGGUCCCUAUCCCCAAAAGUCGCAUUCAUGCCCGAUUCCCACGUGUGGCCGCCUCUUCAAGCGCCUCGAGCACCUGAAGCGACACGUGAGAACACAUACCCAAGAAAGACCCUACAUCUGCCCCUAUUGUAGCAAGGCAUUCUCUAGAUCCGACAACCUAGCACAACACAAGCGAACACACGACCGUAGUGAAGGUGUCGACGGCGGGUUGAACCUGUCUGGCGAGGAUGAGGAAGACUAUUCCGGCGAGGACCAGCUCGGUUCGCUGGAGGAAGCCUCGCCAAACUCGGAAUCUGGUUACAUUCCUACCUCUCUGAGUUCCGUCACCACGUCGGCAUCUGCUGGCAAUGGUCUUGCUACAGGUGGGAUGAAUCAGUCAUCCUUUAAUCCCUUACAAACACUGAGCAUGCCCAUGACAAUGAGCACGCCAGCGGGGGCGAUGUAA